CCAGAUCUGUGACUGUCAGUAUGGUCCUUCACUGUGAGAAUUAUGUCUUGAAUGUUGUUAUUGUUUAUCAACUAGAAGAUUACAUGUUAAUCGGUAUAUCUGUAAGCACAGGAAAGGGGAGGAGUGUGAAAAUACAAUUAUGUCUGGGAAUGUAAAUGUUGUGGGAGAAACUGGUCUUGGAAAAGGAUGAUGAUCCUCUGGUAAAGAAAAUGAAAGGUUUGUCUGUUCUCGUGGCUAUAGUACUGUCCCUAUUACUGGCUGAACACGGCACAUCUAAUGAAGUUGUUUUGACUGCCUUGCCUCAGGGACAGCACUUCUACCUUGGAGAACCCAUCGAUCUGACAUGUAGGGUAAAAAACAACUCUUCGGAGGUGUGGAUCUACAGUUGGUUUAGACACAACGUCAGUACCGCUGCUACCCCGGGUGAUGCUCACAGAAUCAACCAUCACACUUACUCUAUUUCAGCGCUGACCUCUGAGGACAGCGGCAUGUACUGGUGCGCAGCUCGGAAACAGGAUACAAAUUCCACCCUAUGGAGUAACCCUGUUACUAUAAGCGUUACAAAAGAGAACACAUUUAUAGCAGCGUGGGUCUGGGUCGUCUGUGCCGUUAUCAUCAUUCUGCUUCUGAUCCCCAUCACCAUUCUGCUUGUACCAUGCCUCAGAAGGAGAGUAAAGUUCCUUCCAACAUGUGGAGAUUUUAUUCGCCAUCAGGAAAUGCCUAGAACAAAACAGGAUGUAACAGAGAUCCAGUGGGACCUGGCCUGGAUGGAGAUGUCUAAUCUGCUGGAUAAACCAUCCCCUGGCAGCUGAGCAGUUCAAAAUAUUUACAUACUAUUGUCCUAAUUAUAAUGCAACAGUGCGGAAUGUCGUCAUGGGUGAUGUAAUAGAUACUGAUAUUCUCUAAACCAUAUUUUAUUGUUAAUAUAGAGUAUUUUAACACUGUUACAUAUGGAUGUAUCCUUGCGAAGAUGAAAUUUAUUGGUAUUGAAGAACAAAUAGAGAAUUAUGAAUCCAAGUCCUAUAUAGUAUGAACAUGCUUUUCCGUAAAGCUGCAUCAGAUUAGGUCAUUACACACACACCGUCAUGCAUUUCAUGUUUUAAUUAUUAUUUUUUUAUUUAAGUCAUUGAUAAUUUUCCUUAAUGUGUUUUUAUCUUUAACCAUAUAGUAUAAAUAUUUUUAGCCAUACUUUUUUAAUAUUAUUUAUAUUUGUAAAUUUAAAAAUUGAUUUUCUACGUAGUGCAAAAAACAUUUCUCUCACUCAUCCCCCAACCCAACAUGUCAUGCAUUGUGACUGUCAGGUACAAUCUAUAUUAAAGGGAAAAAAAAUCUAUCCUUUUGUUUUUUUUUUCCUGUUGUUGGGGAUCCACAACACACAAUUGGUUCAACUCUCAUUCUUCUCUAAAACCAGUUAAAGUGAUUAAUGGCGUCAUAACAAGCAUUUAAUUAUGUUUUAAAAUAUGACGUGCAUUUUCAAAAAAAGCAGGUGUCAAUGUCAAAACGGUCAGAUAUUAAUAUAGCGCCAAGAUAUUAAUGCCUAGAUGCACUCAUAUAUAACCUGUGAAGUGUCACUAGGGGGCAGAACUGGCUUUAUGAGGUUACAUAUUGUUGUUCUGUGCAGGCUUCGUGUGACAGUCACAUUUAUUAAUUCCUUCAUGCAUUGUGAUCAAAGCAAUAAAAUGAAAUGCAUUCGAGUAGUGCUAAAGCUGAAUUCUUAUAGUCAGUUUAUCAAAGAUUACGAGACAAAAAUGUGCAUCUAACAGUAUUUUAUCUGUUUUUGUGAGCUUUGUCUCACUAGCUAGGGGUUGAGUGGUGUGUGAAUCACAGUUCACUGUCUUAACAACAUUGAAACAUUGCAGAAGGCAACAUUACGUGUUGCUUUAUAAAUAUUGUAAAUGUACAACCCUUAGGCAAGAACUACUGGCUUCUGUUGCUCUUGUGAUUUCUUCUGCGAUUUUUCCUGGUGCCACAUUCCUUCUCCACACAACCCUUAUUACAGCAGCGUGCAGUAAUCUGUCACAUUCCUAUUCUUCUGUUAUUCCCCUUGUCCUCUCCUAGGGGGCAGACUAUAAUUGUGCAUGCACAUUUUCUCAACUAUGGGAUGUGUGGGGAUAUCUAAGACAGUAGUCUAUCAGAAACGAUGUGAUAUGUCCCAGAUACUGAAAUAAUGUUAUUAAUCCUACUAAUCAGGGUGAUGUGAUUGGAUGCAAAAUUACAGUUCAUCACUGUUACUGAUGCUCACUUGAUAAUAUCCGUCUGCUAUCUAUACCUCAUAUCCUGUACAUGGUCGCAGAGGACCUCCAGCCUAUUGCAGAGAAAUUUUGCCAAAAGGCAGGGUAAAUCCUGUAUGGGGUGCCAAUCCAU